CAGAGUUUGGACGCGGAGCUGCUGUCGCUGACCUCGGUGCUGAACACGACGUCAGAUGAACCUGCGCUCACCACAGGAGACACCAUCCAGUCUCCCUCCCUCUUUCAUUUAUUGCUUCAUCCUCAACGUCCGGUAUUUUGUUUGACUUUUUAUAUUUCGUAAUUUUUUUAAUGCAGUAGAUCGCUUUUCAUUAGCUUUUUGCUGUAAACUCAGACUGCUGUUUGACACUGCUGGCUCUCACUUUCACUCGUCUUUGGUCGUGAUGGCACUUUGCGCGGCUACUGUACUCCAUGCAGAAGGAGAGCUGGUGGUGGAUGAAGGUGCACACCUCGUUUGAAUUCCUCACUUUGUGAAAGGGUGUUUUCGUCACAAGGUUUUCUCACAAUUGCGCUAAAAAUUAAAUUCGCCUGCUGGAUAGUCGCCUCCCUGGACUCAGAUUCCCUCUACCUUCGUUUUGUCGCUUUCCUGCCGUUAGCCGCUGCAGUCGGCCAUCCUGCGCUGUAACAUGAUGCUGAAGCAGUGAAAUAAUUUUUUUAACAAAACUAUCCAACAAAAACAACAAAAACUGGACAUGGAGUCCAUGAAGACGAAAGCCGCGACAGGGGUCAAGGAAUUUGCGGGAAAGACUCUGGGUCAGAUGUACAGGGUGAUAGAGAGGAGGCAGAAAACCGGGGAGGUGAUCGAGCUAACGGAAGAUGGGCGGCCUCGGGAGGCCGCGGAGAAGAAACCCCCGCUGUGCGACUGCUACUGUUUCGGUUUGCCGCGCCGCUACAUCAUCGCCAUCAUGAGCGGCUUGGGCUUCUGCAUCUCCUUCGGCAUCCGAUGCAACCUGGGCGUGGCCAUCGUGAGCAUGGUCAAUAACAGCACCAUCCACCAGAAUGGCAAGAUCAUCAUCAAGGAGAAAGCCAAGUUCAACUGGGACCCGGAAACAGUGGGAAUGAUCCAUGGAUCUUUUUUCUGGGGCUACAUUGUGACGCAAAUCCCGGGAGGAUACAUUUCCUCGAGGCUGGCAGCAAACAGGGUGUUUGGUGCAGCUAUUGUCCUCACCUCUACUCUCAACAUGUUCAUUCCCUCUGCUGCCCGAGUCCACUAUGGGUGUGUCCUUUUUGUCAGAAUAUUACAAGGACUGGUUGAGGGAGUGACUUACCCGGCCUGUCACGGCAUCUGGAGCAAAUGGGCUCCACCACUGGAAAGGAGUCGUCUGGCUACCCUCUCAUUUUGUGGCUCCUAUGCUGGUGCUGUGAUAGCGAUGCCUCUGGCUGGAAUUCUGGUCCAGUACACAGGGUGGUCCUCAGUGUUCUAUGUCUAUGGAUGCUUCGGUAUUUUCUGGUACAUGUUUUGGAUACUUGUGUCUUAUGAGAGCCCUGCUGACCACCCUACCAUCACUGAUGAGGAACGUGUUUAUAUAGAGGAGAGCAUUGGAGAGAGUGCCAAGCUGAUGGGCCCCGCAGAGAAAUUCAAGACCCCUUGGAGAAAGUUUUUCACCUCUAUGCCUGUCUAUGCAAUCAUCGUGGCAAACUUCUGCAGGAGCUGGACCUUCUAUCUGCUGCUCAUCAGCCAGCCUGCAUACUUUGAGGAGGUGUUUGGCUUUGAGAUUAGCAAGGUGGGUAUACUCUCUGCCCUCCCCCACUUGGUGAUGACCAUCAUCGUGCCCAUUGGCGGUCAGCUGGCCGACUACCUGCGCAGCAGGAAUAUCCUGACAACAACCACUGUCAGGAAAAUAAUGAACUGUGGAGGAUUUGGCAUGGAGGCCACACUACUGCUGGUGGUGGGGUAUUCCCACAGCAAGGGGGUGGCAAUUUCUUUUCUUGUGCUCGCAGUGGGUUUCAGUGGAUUUGCCAUAUCAGGCUUUAACGUGAACCACCUGGACAUCGCUCCUCGUUAUGCCAGUAUCCUAAUGGGCAUCUCUAAUGGUGUCGGUACCCUGUCUGGGAUGGUGUGCCCAUUAAUUGUUGGUGCUAUGACAAAGAACAAGACUCGAGAGGAGUGGCAGUACGUAUUCCUGAUAGCCUCAAUGGUGCACUAUGGAGGUGUGGUCUUUUACGGGAUCUUUGCAUCUGGAGAAAAACAGCCAUGGGCCGACCCGGAACUUACUAGUGAGGACAAAUGUGGCUUCAUCGAUGAAGAUGAGCUGGCGGAGGAGACUGGUGACAUCACCCAGAGUUACGGAGCUUUUGGGGGUGCAGCCAAAACGUACGGUGCAACCACACAGGUGAACGGAGGAUGGGCUACAAGCUGGGAGAAGACGGAGGAGUAUGUCCAGGAGGAAGCACAGGAAGGAAGCUAUGGAUACAGGCAGGAAGAAGGGUAUUCUUAGACCAAGCACAAAGUUACUGACAUGAGUUGACUUAUAUAUAUAUAUAUAUAUAUAUAUAUAUAUAUAUAUAUAUAAAGAAUCUUAAAAUAUUUGAUGACUAGAGGUGUAGCACAUAUCAAAUUGGCAGUAUGUAAAUGUACUAUUAUGCAUAUUAAUAAUAGAUAUUUAUUUGGAGUGCAAUUGUGUGUAAACUUGUACAUUUCCAUCCCAUCAGCUGAGGGUUUCUGACCACACUGAAACCAGUAGGGUUACAUAAAAGCACAUUGGUCAAAUAACCAUUUAGAGAACAACAUCCAAGAAGCCAGCCACCUGAGUGUAGAAAUAUGUUGAUACAUGCCACUGUAAACCGAAACUAGACUAGAAACUGUUGUUAUAGAUUGUACUGAAUCUCCUCUGACAAGCGUGUCCUUUCAGCACACCGAUAUGAGUUAUUUUCUUAUCACUGGCUUCUGGAUGUAAAAGACCUAUAAAUUAGAGAUUCAACAAGUAAUAAAAUGGUUUUGAUGAGGGCUUUGGCUAAACAAGAGGUUGCAGAAAUGUUUUUACUUGUCAAUUUUGUGUGCUUUAUGAGCACAUCCGCAGUUUGCAAACCAUUACAUCAUAAUGUGGUUAAUUCCAAUAGUUAUUUUUCACAUUACUGCCAAGCCACUUAAAGCCUAGUUGAACCAAUGCAUUCUUAAAAGAGCUGUAUUAAAUCAAACCUAUAAGAUUGAAAUAUUUAAUAAUAGAUUUGUAUGAGUUUGAGGAUAAAAUAGGCAUCAUGUGGGACCAAGAUACCAAUAGUUAAACUUGGCCUUGAAAAAGAGUACGUGCAAUGGAAGAAAUAAGGUAAAUAGGCUUAUAUAUAUAGGAGGUGAGUAGCUUUGAAUGCAUAUUGUUAGAGCUCAUACUGACACAUUCUCCAUCAUCAGGACACUGGAGACGAAAACUAAAGGGAACCAUUAUAUUAAACAUUCUUGCCAUGAAACUUCAGGCUAAUUUCCUGUUUUUUUAUUCAUUUUAUAGAGAGAGAUUAAGUUAAAUGGGAUUAAUUAGUUUUGGCAGAACUUCUCUCUUUACAAUUUUUGUAAUCAUAUAAGAGCAAAAAAAAUGUUAAAAAUGUAAAAGUCCUGUGAUGUGAAUUUGCAUGUUAUUCAUCAUAUGUUUUGAAACCAGUUGGCAGGAAUCCAAUAAUACACAUAAUCUGAUUGAAAUGAUGACAAAUUAUUCUCUGUUUGGUUUAAUUUUUCCCUUUUUCCCUCUUAUUAAACCUUCUUUUCUAUCUUGUCGCAGUCAAUUACAAACCAGUCAAAAUGCCAUAGAGAAAAUAUUCUGUUUUUUUCAUUUAAAACAAAGAUGGAUCAAUUAUCUCUUUAAUAUUAUUACAAAAGUUGUAAACAUUCUUACACAAGUAUUUGUUUACAUAUAUGCUUAAGAAAUGUUACCAGAAUAAAAUAUUUUAUUUGUAGGGUGAAGAUACAUUUGAAGUGGCAAUCACUAUUAUGUGCAAUUUACCGUUUUGUUUUUGUUUUUACAAACUUCUGAUUGUGCUUUUCCACUAUUAAAGGGAACUAAGAAUGGACAUUUUAUGCAUCACUAGCAGUUGUGAAGAAAUGCCUUUAUGUUUGGAAAUCUGGGGAGAAGUUUCAAUGGAGCCCUCCAGGUGGCAGCUGUUGAUAUAAAAACAUCCAUCUAUCCAUUGUCUAUUCUGGGGUUGUGAAGCAUUGUCCUGAUGCCUAUCCCAUAAGUAUUGACAAGUGUGACAAAUGCUGCAGUUUAGGAUAUUAUGGCUAACUUCCUUCUUCCAAACUGAACAAGCUAUAAAACCAAUCACAUAGGUAGACAGUACCCCAAAGAAGUCAUAUUUUAAAUCGGAGGAAUUAUAUAAAAGACAGCCUGGUAAUAAAACUCUUGUAAAACUUCGAGAUUAAACUGUCUGAAUCAGAAUUACACAGAUUUCUGAUACAGAAACCUUUGUUUACUUUUAUUUUCCAGUCUACAGUAUAUUUAUCCCCUCAGAUCCAUACUGCUGCUCAUGGACACUGAUGGUUUUGCAAAUGCACACCUACUAAUCGGAGAGUACUGACUUUUAAGAGCUCUUUUUUUGUGUUUGUCUGGGCUCCAUGUAUUUCUCCCUGGAAAUAACAAACAACAUGCAUAACAAUCACAUUUAAUUUUCAUUCUACAUUUUCACUGACAAGGUCUGAAAGGGGCCAACUUGAUUUAUUUUUGCCACUUGUUUGCGGAGACCUCUUGUCAGCUCAAUGUAGAUGUGUGUGGAUGUGUAUUUAUGCAUGGAACAAAGUGAAAUUUAUACACAUUUGUAUGUCCAUUUGUCUCAUUUUUCUUUUAAACUUGUCUUUGUCUCAGAAACUGUUACUGAUGCUUAGAUUUCUUUGCACAAUUAACCAAAGGUAUAAAAAACAAAACAAAAUGCAGCUUUGUUUCCACUGGAAGUCUAAUAUUUUAAGGUAGAACAGACCAUCAGCAGGGAGACUCCACCAUAGUUAGCCAGGUGUGUGAAGGUGGUACCAAACAUCCCUCAGUGUACAAAGCAAUAAAUUCAUAGUAACAGCUCUGAUCAAAUGUUAUAGACAGUUAUUAUUUCAGUUUUUUAUGCAUUUGUUUAGAAGUUGUGUUUUUAAAUGUAGAAAACAAACGCUUGUAAAGAAACACUAUAUGUAUAAAUAUAUAGUAAUAGAGUCCAACACAAACAGCUUUGAUGAGAAAAAGUCACUGUGUUUGUGAACGGGCUGCUCACCAGAUGAGAAUGAUAAAAAGAGCUCCAUCUGAGAGGUGGAUGCUCUUCUUCUUGUUUCUGUUUUUUGUUUUGGUGUGGUCCGCACUGAAUGUGUUCCUGUGCUGUUUCUCCUAUUCCUCUCUUUCUCUUUGUCUCCCCCAUUCCCUCUCCAUUUAGUUGAAUUAGUGUCUUUAAUUCAGUGGAUGGACCCCCCUGACCCCACCUCCCCACCCCUUUUCCCCUGGUCAAACCCCACAUGUACCUCCUCCUUUCCUUGUACAGCCUUUCACUCUCACUAUGUUCACUGACAUUACAGCUAAAAUCUAAACAUGACAUUUGAACAAAAACGACAAAUGUGCAACCUGAAAUAGUGAGAAGUUUCCUGUUUUUGUGCCUCUGAAGUUACAGCGUGAUUAUAUGGCUUCUGUUGCUGUGUAAAUUGGAGAGGUUUGUUGAUGUCAAAAUGAAAUAAUCUUUUUCCUUUUUUGAUAUAAAAAAGUAAACAAC